CCCCCUCCAUUUCGUCAAUAGGAAAAGCCUACACCACCUACCCUUCGUCGAUCUGGUCCGCCUAUCUCCAAUCGUACGGCGCCGGUGGUCCACACCGCGCGUGCCAAAACGAGAACCAUUCUCGCCGGCGACGCCGCCGCCGUCGCCGCCGCCACCUCUCGCACUCGCAGCUCCUCAAGCUCCAGGCCCCUAACCCGACGCCCCUUCGCCGGCGUUUGCCUGAUCCGUGACGCCUGCAUCCACUGAGCGUAGUUGGCGGCUAGCACCGGUGCCGCGAUGUUCGCCGCCGCGGCGCCGCCGGCGGUGGCGUCCCUCGCCCUCCCGGCUGUUCUCCCCCGGGCUCCGUUGCGCUGCCGCUGGGUCACCCCCUGCGUGACGGCGGCGCCCGCGCCCGCGCCCUCCCCUCGCCGCGAAGAUUCCCUGAAGAUCACUCAAGUCCAUGUACAAGCCAUGCGAUCUUCAGAAGAGAGUAAUUCUGAUGAGGAUGACGAGAUCCUUUCUGAGCUCAAAGAGAAGUGGGAUGCUAUUGAGAACAAGUCUUCUGUUCUCGUGUAUGGAGGCGGAGCAAUCAUCGCUGUUUGGCUUUCCUUGAUUGUUGUCAAAGCUCUUGACUCAGUUCCACUGCUUCCAAAUAUACUGGAGCUAGUUGGGCUUGGCUACUCGGGAUGGUUUGUGUACCGGUACCUGCUCUUCAAGGAAAACCGGGAAGAACUGGUCAAUGGCUUUGAUGCUCUAAAGAAAAGGAUUACUGGAGACGAGGAAUAGCUGUGCGCCCUGCUCAGCGGGUUUUGCAGUAUCAUCUGACCUCUGAACAGAUCUCCACAUUUAUGGCUGCGCUAAAAUGCUUGUGAUUCUUCUGAUAUGGAGGUCAGCUGGUCCUGUUUCUUGUCUGGCUUCCUCCCAAAUGACUCAGCUGUAUACUACUGCCCCAGCCAGAACUGAUAAGUUUUUAGCUGUACUAAAAUUAUUUGAAAUGAAAUCAGUAGCCCAGUAGAUUCUGCAUUUGUACCAAAUCCUUAAGUAUCCAGCUAAUUGGCUGAUUAAGAGAUUUCUUUCUCGAUCUUCUAUUUCUCAGCUUUCCGUGUUAUUAUCCCAGAGUUGUUAGCCUGUUGCCACCCGCCAUUGUGUGUGCCCUGUAGCCUCAUGCAAGAAUUAUUAUUUUCCAUAUGAUUCAAUGCUGCAUAUGA